CAUCCAAUAAAUGCAACUCAAUCACUGAUCAAGAACGAUGACAGUUUUACAAUUACAACUCCAGGUUAUCUGGCAAUGUUGGCGAUACUUUAUCGAAAAUAAUAAAAUUGACAACUAAGCAGCUGCUCUCUUAGUUGUAAAACAUUUUGUUUAUUAUUUAAUACAUUUGGUAAUAGUUCUUCUUUUUUUUGAAGUUUUUAAUAAGAAGGAAAUUUUUGUUCUCAUUAAUUUUCGUAUGCAAAAACAAAUAAGUGCUUGUGUAAAAAAGAAUUUUAAACAUGUUAAUGUGAAUGUUUGAAUUUUGAAUGAAGUACUAGCUGACUGAUUUUAACAAUGUCGUCAACCCUUCGGGAUAAAUUGCCGCCACGACGAAAGGGAUUAUCUAAACCAUAGUCGGUGCUUUGCCGCCGAUCGCAGCCUGCUAUCGGCCUCCUUGUAAUGUCCUCAAAAUUAUGAUUAAAAUUACUUAACGAAUUACAUAGUGUUUCCGUAUUUUGUUUAAAUAUUUGGGAGUGUAAAUAUCUUACUGUUUCCUACUUUGAUAAGAUGACACACGCACUACUGGACAUUCAUAUUCCUCUUAAACUUCAAUACCACUGUCGCCCGUACUGACAAUAGCGUGUCUAAUUGCAAGUUGCCGUCACAGCCACAUUCCAUAUUUGGUUAUAUACGUUACGAUAAAGGAGUUGGCUUUUCAAAAACCAACGUUUCAAUCAUGGAAUCUUUUGAGAAACCAAACGACGCCCUUUUCAGGCCGUCUGUUUUUGGCCCCAAUUUAGUAAGUUUCGUUGUAUCGUUUGAUGAGGAUUAUGAACAGUUAUCAUUUUAUCAAUAUUAGAAGCGUUGCACAAAGGUAUCUAAUUUUUAGUCAACUCGGCGACUCAUCUGUUUUGUGAUUUGCUAACUGACAGCAGAGGAACAUUUAUUUUUACUAUUUAUAUUUUUACAUUUAUUAUUUACUAUUUUUAUUUUGCGUUUAUAAGCUAUGAUUAGAAUAUAUUUUAACUGAAAAUGAUUGUAAACAUCAAUAUUGGUCUACUGGGUCAUGUAGACUCAGGCAAAACAUCAUUGGCUAAAGCCUUAAGUACAAUUUCCAGUACCGCAGCUUUUGAUAAAAAUCCUCAAUCGAAAGAACGCGGCAUUACAUUGGAUUUAGGCUUCAGUGCUAUCGUAUUAGAAGCUCCAGCUCAACUGAAAUCGCAAGACGAGCAAAUUAAACAAUUGCAACUCACAUUUGUUGAUUGUCCAGGGCACGCUAGUCUAAUUAGAACCAUAAUAGGAGGUGCACAAAUUAUUGAUUUGAUGCUCUUGGUAAUUGACGUUCAAAAAGGUGUGCAAACACAAACGGCUGAAUGUGUAGUAAUAGGAGGACUUUUGAAGCGUAAACUUAUCGUUGUUAUUAACAAAAUUGAUUUAGUAGAAACGCAGCAGCAAACUAUUGUUUUAACCAAAUUGGAGAAGAAAUUACGAAAGGCUUUAAUAGCUGCAAGUUUUACUGAAAAUUUUCCAAUAUUUCGUGUAUCGGCUCAAAAUGGGCAGGGAAUUCAAGAAUUAUUGAAUGGUAUGAAAAACGAAAUACAUAUACCGGUGCGUCUGCCGGAGAAACCCUUGGUAAUGUAUGUCGAUCAUUGUUUUUCAAUUAGAGGGCAAGGUACUAUUUGUACUGGUACUAUUGUGCAGGGGCAACUUAAAAUCAAUGAUUUUAUUGAAUUGCCUGCCGUAGGGGAACAAUGUAAGGUGAAAUCUUUACAAAUGUUUAAAAAACCGGUACAAAGUGCUGUUAUGGGUGACCGGGUGGGAGUUUGUGUUACACAAUUCAAUGCUAAACAAUUGGAAAGAGGGGUUCUUUGUCAGCCUGGCUAUUUGCAAGCGGUCUAUGCUGCCGUAAUAUUACUCGAACAUGUAAAGUAUUAUAAACUUGCUUUAAAGUCUAAAAGUAAAUUCCAUGUAAGCGUAGGACAUGAUACUGUAAUGGCACGAAUCAUCUUAUUUAGAAGUCUUACAAAUCAACGCGAAUUCAAUAUCAACGAAGAAUAUGAAUACAUUGAUGAAAUAGGACCAUCAGAAAUACAACCCAGUCAAGAUGAAUGCAGCGUUUUUACAUUAUUGGAAUUUGAAAGACCUGUCUAUGCAAUUUCUAAUGGAAUUCUAAUUGCUUCGAAAUUGGAUUUAGAUGCCCAUUGCAAUUGCUGCCGUUUGGCUUUUUGGGGUAAUAUGCAGUGGUGCAGCUCGUCCACGAACUACUUAAACGAACAAUUAAUGCUAUGGAGGAUUUUUAAAAACAAACAAAGACAAGGAAACGUACACAGGCUUGUGAAUUCUCAAGAAAUAAUUGUACAAAAUUUAUUUAGAAAAGAUAACAAUCGGGAACUAUUCAUUGGAAAACAUGUUCAACUUUCAACUGGUGAGACGGGCAUCAUCGCAAGUACUUUUGGCCAGACUUCAAAGGUAAAAAUAACGUUUUCGGAGUGUCUUAAAAGGGAAACUUUGAAAAUCCUAAAAGAAGGCGGAGCAAAUAAUAUUUUAGUGAUACUAAAGUAUAAAAAAUAUACUUUUAAUAAAAAUGCUGGUUUAUGUCAAUAA